ACAAUUAUGUCUAUGGUCGAUGCCGGCCGCGGUUUGGAAGCGUCUCUCAAAUUGAGGUUAUGGUUAUACGUAAGCCGCAAGGUCACAAAACUAAAUGUUCAUGUAGCUGUCACGUAGACAAAAUAUUCGUACGCCGUUUCAUUGAAUUCUUCUUAUAAGGAAGUUACUGCAGAGAUUAGGGAUCUGACAAUUUGCCAAGAUGUCUGGUGGCAUGCUGUAUGGCGGGGACGAAAUAGGAGCGUUGGUCUUUGACUUGGGUCAUCACUCCCUGAGAGUGGGCUAUGCCCAGGAGGAUACUCCGAAGGCGGAAAUCCCAGCUGUCGUUGGAAUAGGGGACGAUGGCAACGGCACAGCUACAAAGGUCGAACCCAUGGAUAUCGAUGAUAAAAAGCCUGACAGCAAUAUCACUCAAAAUGGGACAAAGUAUUACAUCGAUACUACAAUUCUUCAUGUUCCACGGAAGAAUAUGGAGGUUGCGAGUUACAUGAAAGAGGGCAUGAUUGAAGAUUGGGAUCAUUUUGAGAAGGUCUUAGACUACACGUAUUCAAAAAUAAUUCAAUCCGACGCCGAAUAUCAUCCUGUGUUAUUUUCUGAAUCGCCAUGGAACGUGCGUAGCAAGAGAGAAAAGUUAACCGAGUUGAUGUUUGAGAAAUACAAUGUGCCAGCAUAUUUUCUCGUAAAAAAUGCAGUUUUGGCCGCGUUUGCCAAUGGCAGAGCAACCGGCAUCGUUGUCGAUAGCGGCGCCACGCACACGUCUGCGGUGCCUGUACAAGAUGGAUUUGUAUUGACACAAGCCAUUGGUAAAUCGCCCCUUGGCGGGGACUACAUAAGUAUGCAGUGCAGACAGUAUUUACAAGAUAAUGAUAUCGACUUGUCGCCUCCUUAUAUGGUCGGAAGCAAAGAAGUAGUCAAAGAUCACGAUAAGCCACGAUGGAUUAAAAAGAAAGGUUUACCCGAAGUUACCAAGACUUGGCAUAAUUAUAUGGUGAAGAAGGUGAUUCAAGAUUUUCAAGCCACAGUACUUCAGGUGUCAGAAACGCCGUUUGACGAGAAGAUCGUUUCCACGAUUCCUGCAGUUCAGUACGAAUUCCCGACUGGGUAUCAUCAGGACUUUGGAAGUGAAAGAUUUCGAAUACCAGAGGCGUUAUUUGAUCCUAGUAUAGUACAAAUGCGUGGAGGUAUGGUCGGUAACACUAUGUUGGGAGUAGGGCAUAUUGUCACAACCAGUGUUGGCAUGUGCGACGUUGAUGUGCGACCGGCGUUGUACGGAAGUGUUGUAGUAACUGGUGGCAACUCGUUUAUUCAGGGUUUCCCGGAACGUUUGAAUAGAGACUUAUCCAUGAGAAUACCCUCUAGUAUGCGUCUUAAAUUGAUCAGCGCGAACGGAUGUGCGGAAAGAAGAUUUGGAGCAUGGAUCGGCGGUUCGAUACUGGCGUCGAUUGGCACUUUCCAACAGAUGUGGAUCUCCAGUCAGGAAUACGAAGAGAGCGGAAAGAGUCAAGUAGAAAGAAAAUGUCCUUAAAACGCUGUAGCUCGUACGUUUUCAUUCGUAUUAGCAAUGUUUUCAACAUCGCACAGGGAGUGAGUACAAUUUUUGAAAUAUAAAACUCUACAUUCUACAUAUUAUGAUAUUGUGUAUCAUUUAAUACAAAUUAUGAUGCAUAAAUUAUGAUGCACGUGAGACUAUAAAGCACUUUUAAAUAGAAUCUUUUUAUAACGUUAAUGCAUCAUGAUGAGAAUAUACUCGUGAUGUUAUUGAAUUAAAUAUCUGCUAGUAUAUAUAUAUGGGAUAAGCUUAUUCUGUCUGUAUAAAUGAUUUUACACAUUGUUCCGAAUUAUAUUAUAAGCAGAUGACAUAAGAAAAUUGAUCCCUAUUUAUUAUUGAUAUGUGCGUAAACUACUAAAUUUUGUAAAUUGUAAUAAGAUUUUUUAUAACAAAAAGAAACUCACAUGCCAUAGCAAAUUAUGCCGUGGAAAUAAAUUUGUUGUUUGUUAUCUCUUCGAUUUCACACGUUCUCGCAUUUGCAAAAUGUCCUCGGUCUCGUUUCACUGCCACUAGAGUUAUAUGCAUCAUGUGGGAAUCAUAAGUGUUCGAUCCCCAUUUGUAGCAAAUGUCGCUAUAGGAGCGAGAUGGAGUAUACGUUCACCCGGAAGCUAUAAUUAUCCUUUGUGACACGUACAUGUAUUUUGUAUGGAAAUAAAUAAGUAUAAGGUAUGAAAGUA